AGGGUUCUGCGAUUGGGUCCAAAUUCCCUGCUGCAUCGGGGUUUAUCGCUCCCUCUACGUGAUCUGCUCAAUCCCCUCUUCCACCCCCCACAGCUCGGCUUGAUUGCUUGCUUGCGCUCCUGCUGGGGUGCAGCUUCACUCAGGUACGGUGCGAUUUGCUUACUUCUCGCCUAACUUGUAGUUUGUCUGCGAGCUUCAGGGUUUGUAGGUCUGUGUUGUACUUUUUUCUGGCUUCGAGGAUUCCAGUGAGCCAAGCGGUGUCCAGCGAAAACUGCCUUCAUUCAAACUAGGUUUUGUGAGGGAUUCAUACGCACAACGUAGUGUUGUUCGUCUUUUUCUCAGGGAAGUACACCGUAGACCUCAACAUAUGUCUAGUCCAGAGCCGCGCCGUACUCUUAGUAUUGUCCGGUUACACUUCUAUUCUUUUACCUUAGAUUAGAAACGAGUGACCACCCUUAAGUGCCAUUGUCCUUACCAGCUAUGUUUGUGCAAAUCAGAAGAACACUCUUUGAAGAAUUGUAUAUCUUCAACAUAUGGCGGCAACAAUGGCGUGCAACAUGGUGUGCUCUAAAGCUGUGGCGAUGCAACCGGCCCUUGCUCUUCCUGAAUCGCGGGUUACUAGCGCGUCAUGGGGAGCUUCCACCAGCCGCAUGUGGGGAGAAUCGCUUUCAAAGACUUGCACUGUUAGUGCUCAACGCAAAGUUUCUCAAGCUAAAGGAAUUAGAGCAACUAUUGCCGCCGGCGAGGUGAAAGACGAAAAGAAGGGAGGAAUUCGUGGGACUUUGAACAAAGUUGUGCUGGCUUACAGCGGCGGUUUAGACACAUCAGUAAUCGUGCCAUGGCUGAGGGAAAAUUAUGGCUGUGAGGUUGUGUGCUUUACGGCUGACGUGGGUCAGGGUAUUGGGGAAACCUUAGGUCUAGAAGCCAAAGCGAAAGCAAGCGGAGCUAGCCAACUUUUCAUUGUGGACUUGAGAGAGGAGUUUGUGAAAGACUAUAUCUUUCCUUGUCUGAGAGCAGGCGCCGUUUAUGAGCGCAAGUACUUGCUUGGCACGUCCAUGGCUCGACCUAUCAUUGCAAAGGCUAUGGUAGAUGUUGCAAAGCACGUUGGUGCAGAUGCAGUGUCACAUGGGUGCACUGGAAAGGGUAAUGAUCAGGUGAGGUUUGAGUUGACCUUCUUUGCUCUCGAUCCAAAGCUGGCGGUUGUUGCUCCGUGGAGGGAGUGGGACAUCAAAGGACGGGAGGAUGCCAUUGAGUAUGCCAAGAAGCACAACAUCCCAGUGUCAGCUACAAAGAAAUCUAUUUACAGCCGUGAUCGCAACCUGUGGCAUAUUAGCCAUGAGGGCGAUAUCCUAGAAGAUCCCGCCAAUGAACCGGUGGAGGACAUGUACGUGAUGACUGUAGACCCCAAGGAUGCUCCAGACACUCCCGAGUAUGUCACCAUCCAGAUAGAAAAGGGCUUGCCAGUUGGAUAUAAUGGCAACAAGCUCUCACCUGCUACUCUACUAGAGGAAUUGAAUGAACUUGGAGGCAAGCACGGUAUUGGCCGUAUCGAUAUGGUUGAGAAUCGUCUUGUGGGGAUGAAAUCAAGGGGUGUUUAUGAAACUCCUGGAGGCACCAUCUUGGCAGUUGCUUGCCGUGAACUUGAGGCUCUCACUCUCGAUAGGGAGAGUAUGCAGACAAAGGACAUGCUUGCAUUGAAGUAUGCUGAACUGGUCUACGCAGGCCGAUGGUUUGAUCCUCUCCGCGAAUCUAUGGAUGCGUUUAUGGAGAAGAUGACGGAGACAACCACGGGAGAAGUCACCCUUAAGCUUUUCAAAGGUUCUGUAAAUGUGGCCAGCAGAUCGAGUCCCAACAGCCUUUACAGGGAAGACAUCUCAUCGUUUGAGGAGGGAAGUGGGAUUUACAACCAAGCUGACGCAGCCGGUUUUAUUCGCUUGUAUGGGCUGCCAACGCGAGUACGCGCCAUGCAAAACAACGGUCUUUAAAUUAACAGCAAACCAUGGUGGUCGUAUUUUAUUUUGUUUGAGACAGUUGGCUUUCAUUAUUCCAAUGUUGUAGCUAUGAGGCUUGACUUACGUAAACAGAAGGUCGGAUGCGAUGUUGAAGAGGGAUAGGUUAUCGUUUUACAUGUUGUCACUCGUGUAACACCUCUAGAGAUCCCCUCUGGUGCUACAAUUAUUAACCGCGCAGUAAUAAAUGGUAAUGCUCUAGAGUUCGGUUUGCUAUGGUCCUUUCAGCUACUGUAUUGUCCCGCGAUUAUAGAUUCUAAACAUCUGCUGUGCAUGGGCUAUUUCUGAGGCUUUAGUUUCUGGUUCUCAUCGCUGUCGGUUUUGCUGUGUCGUCUACUCCUGUGGAGAGUUUGGGGAAGAAUCAGUAAUUCGACCUUUAUUACUUGUACAUUAAAAAGCCAUAUAUGCUCCAAAUAUUCAUUCACCUUA